AUGUCCGAAGGCCUCUCCAGCUCCUCGCAAUUCCCCCUCGCCGGCUUCAACUCUGCGACCGCAAAGCCCGACGGCGCGACAUCCAGCGAUUCCACUGCGGCGGCAGGCCGUGACACUGCCCUGGAGCCUCGCCAUGCCGGCCAUUUCUCGAUAGCCUCGUCCGACAGCCAAUCUGUUCACGCCAUGCAGGGCCAAGAUGUCGAGGCUGAGGGCCGGCCGCCAUAUAUUCACGCAAUGAUUGCGGGAGGCCUUGGAGGCUCAACCGGUGAUAUGCUGAUGCAUUCACUGGAUACCGUCAAGACGCGACAGCAGGGAGAUCCUCAUUUCCCUCCGAAAUACUCUUCCUUGGGGCGGUCCUACCACACCAUCUGGCGGCAGGAGGGCAUUGCGAGGGGCUUGUACGGAGGCUGGCUCCCAGCGCUGAGCGGUUCAUUUCCAGGCACGCUCAUGUUUUUUGGCACAUACGAAUGGAGCAAGCGGUUCUUGAUAGAUCACGGCCUUAAUCACCAUCUCGCUUAUCUCUCGGCGGGAUUCCUGGGAGACCUGGCGGCUUCCAUUGUCUAUGUGCCAUCCGAAGUCCUCAAAACCCGACUGCAACUGCAGGGACGCUACAACAACCCCCAUUUCGUCUCCGGCUACAACUACCGCGGCACCCUCGACGCCGCACGCACAAUCAUCCGAACAGAGGGUACCUCUGCGCUCUUCCACGGCUACAAGGCCACCUUGUAUCGAGACCUACCCUUCUCCGCGCUACAGUUUAUGUUCUGGGAGCAGUUCCAGGCUUGGUCAAGAGUGUACAAGCAGAGCCGCGACAUCGGCGUGCCCCUGGAGCUCUUAACCGGCGCCGCUGCGGGCGGUCUCGCCGGCGUCAUCACAUGUCCCCUCGACGUCGUCAAGACUCGCCUGCAGACGCAGGUCAACAUACCUUCCGAGCCCGAACAUUCACAUCGGCCCAAGGACCCCAACCCUCAGAAGCGACUGAUAUCCACGUCGUCCCCAAGCACGCAUAGGCCCAGGCCCGGCGCCAUCGCGCUCAAGACGUCAUCCGUCUUCACCGGACUGAGAGUCAUCUACCAUACCGAGGGUAUGAGCGGCUGGUUCCGCGGCGUCGGGCCCCGUGGCGUGUGGACUUUUAUCCAGAGCGGCUGCAUGCUCUUCUUGUACCAGCGGCUGCUUCACAAGCUGGAGGUUUGGAUGCCUCUGGAAAAUCCCGAGAAUGAAGCAGCACUGUAA